GUAACUCCAUUUGAAUGGUUGAAGGCUGUCCCUGAAGAACACUGGGCAAGGUGUUUCUUUUCUUCUAAUGCGGUGUGUGAUGUGCUAGUUAAUAAUAUUUCAGAGUCCUUCAACAACUACAUUUUGGAAGCUAGGGAUAUGGCUAUUGUGGACAUGUUUGAGUGCAUCAGAAGGAGAAUGAUGGCAAGAAUCCAGGUGAAGAAAGCUGGAAUAGAGAAGUACACAGAGGACAUUUUUCCUAAUACAGUGAGAAAAAUUGAAGAGCAAAGGGAAAUCAGUAGGAAUUGUUUCCCUACUUGGGCUGGAGAAGACAAGUAUGAGGUGGUUCAUGGAGUAAACAGCCAUAUAGUCCAAUUGGGAGCAAGAAGGUGCACUUGUG